AUGAAAAAUAAUAAAAGUAAUAAUAACCAAAAGGUUGUAAAAAAAUCAAACCCACCACAACAAAAACAACAACAACAACCAAAACAAAAAGUACAACAAAAUAAACCACAACAAAAACAACCACAAAAACCAAACCAAACCAAACCACAACAACAACAACCACAACAAACUAAAUCAAAAAAAGAACAAAUUCCACCUAAAAAAGCUUUAAAACCAGUUGAAAAAGUAGAAGAGGAAAUAGAGGAUGUAGAAGAAAAUGAAGAUACCGAAACCAAUAACCCACUUGGUAUUGAUAGUGAAUUAUAUGAAGAUAUAACAAAGAUUCAACUUGAAAUUGAUAAUAUAUCAAAUAAAGAAAUGCAACAAAAACUAAAAUUAGAUAUUGAAAGAGAUAGAGCAUUUACUCCAUUUUUCAAUGAAAGAGAAAAAUUAUUAUCAUCAAUUCCAAACUUUUGGCAUAAAGUUAUUACCAGCCACCCAAUCCUCACAGCUUUAAUUACAGGCAAAGACGAUGAAUUAAUUAAGAAUUUAACAAACUUUAAAGUUGAUGUUAUGGAUUCAGGAAAUGUUAGAUUUAAUUUUACUUUUAAAAAUAAUAAUUUUAUUAAAAACAAAUCAAUUUGGAAAGAAUAUGCAUUCGAUGAUCAAGGUAUAUCAACAACAUGUUCACCAAUCCAAUGGAAAAAUGGAAAUGAUAUUACAAAAAAAAGAGAAGGAGAAGACCCAUCAUUCUUUUCAUGGUUUGCCGAUCAAGAUGAUUUAGAAAUAUUUGAUAUUUUAAAACAUGAAAUUUGGAUGUUCCCAAACGAUUUUUAUAAUAAUUAA